AUACCGCAGAUUCGCGUCGGUGACGAUUGUUCCGUUCUAAGGCCUCGGGUGGUCGGGUGCCGGGCGUGUGUGAGAGGACCACGGUUCGGUGAAUUGCGCCGUAGAAGAUAUUUUCUUAAAUCCCGUCAUAUACUUAUUCCGAGUGCAGGCAGCUCACUGCGCGGAGUCCCGGACGAACACCAGCGAGCCGUCGCGUCGCACACCGCGCCGGCGCUUCUGCCGCGGGCAUCCCCCAGCCGCUGGCCGGCGCCGAAGCCUGCCCUGGUCAUGUGGUGCCGCCGGUCAGUCUGGCGGGCGGUGCGCCGCUCGGCCCUCGGCCGGAGAUGCAGCUCCGUAGCGGCUUCCCCUCCGGCGCCGCCUCUGCACGUGCCUGUGCUGGCGGACGAGGUGCGCGCUCUGCUGGCGUUGCGGCCCGGCCAGAGCGUGCUUGACAUGACAUUCGGCGCCGGAGGUCACACGCGGCUGCUGCUGGAGACUACGCCUGGCCUCACCGUGUACGCCCUGGACCGCGAUCCGGCGGCGCACGAGCGCGCCCGCCAGCUGGCGGCCAGCUGGCGCGGCAGCGGCCGGGUGGUGCCCCUGCUGGGGCGCUUCAGCGAGCUGCCCCAACUCAUGCAGCAGGCGGGCGUGUCACCGGGCCGGCUGGACGCGGCUCUGGCCGACUGCGGCUGCUGCAGUACGCAGCUGGAGGACGCCGCGCGCGGCUUCUCGCUGGCGCGCGACGGCCCGCUCGACAUGCGCAUGGACGGCGACCGGCGGCCCGAGCAGCCGACGGCCGCCCAGCUGCUGGCGCACGCGCCCGAGGAGGCGCUGGCGCGCAUCAUCCGCGCCUACGGCGAGGAGCCGAUGGCGCGCCGCGUCGCGCGCGCCAUCGUCGAGGCGCGCUACCUGCUGCGCCCGCUGCGCACCACCGGCGAGCUGGCGCAGCUGGUGCGCGCCGUCUGCGCGCGCGAGCGGCGCGACAAGCUCGGCCGGCCCGCGCACGUGGCCACGCGCACGUUCCAGGCGCUGCGCAUCUUCGUCAACGACGAGCUCAACGAGCUGGCGUUCGGCGUGGUGGCGGCGCGGCGCCUGCUGCGCGUCGGCGGCCGGCUAGCCGUCGUCACGUUCCACUCGCUCGAGGACCGAGCAGUGAAGGCGCAGCUGCAGGCUAGCGAGCUGAGCGAGGCAGAGCCGCGCCGACACGUGGUCGGCCGACAUGGCGCCGCGCUGCCGGCCGACGCCGCCACCGACGUGCGCCACGCCGCCCGCAAGUGGUGGCGCCCGGUCACCAAGCACGUGGUGGUGGCGUCCGAGGAGGAGGUGGCCGCCAACCCGCGCAGCCGCUCAGCCAAGCUGCGCGUGGCCGAGAAGUGCGACGAGGAGGAUGAGUUCUAGAAGGGAGGAGGUCGUGAUGCUUCCUGGCAGGGCCGCUUGGCGACCAUUCUGUCGACGGGGUCUUCCCGCUUCCUGUUCGCGGUCUGGUCCGGCCGCUGACGCCGAGGCGCAGGUCAUGAAAUCACGGUGGUUGAUAGAAACCGAGAGA